GGGGAGGAGAGCGACCAUAAAAAGCUGGUCCGGCAGGUCUACCUGGGAUAUUCACACAUGAGUUAUGGAGCCGUCUGUGUUAACCGGAUGGCUGCUGGUGGUCCUAGCUCUGGAGCGCUCAUCAAAGCUGUCUGCAGGUCAUGUUAUUGUCCGUUAUGCGAACAACCAAAUAUGCGGCUCCGAAGCGCGGACCCAUGUCCACGUGGGACAACUCGUGCCCCAGGCUGGACUCUAACUCUGAUCCCUGGACCUGCCUCGCCAACUUCUCGUGGGAACGCAGCUCGGCAAAGAACAUCGCCACGGCGGACACGGACUUGUACAAAACCUGCAUCAAGGCGUGGGUUUCGCCAGCCCCUGGGGAGUGCACCGUGCCGGACCCAAGUUCUAGAAGCGGCGGCAGCUACUGCAGCCUGGUUCCUGACCAGGACUGUAGCAACAUCACUGCCUGCCCUGGCCCCUUGGGGUCGUGGGACGACACCGGCACACACCAAGGAUUGCAGAAGCCUGGGUUCUGUCCCUCCGUAGUUCAUGACGUAUUGUGCAUUCACUUCGUGGAGCGUUGCUCUGCCGAUCUCGAGUGCCCUGGCCGACUUAAGUGCUGCGACGCAAAGUGUGAACGCCACUGCAUGCAGCCACAGGAAGGUGUGCACAAGCUCGGGUUGUGUCCCCUGGCGAGUGACAAGGUUGUGUGCACCCGGCUUGAAGAGGGCUGCAGCAGUGACUUGGGAUGCCCAGGGGAGCUCAAGUGCUGCCUCGUCUCGUGCGGCCGGGCAUGUGUGCAGCCUGACCUAGAUUCUACAAAACGCUCCGUUCCAUUUCAGUAACCUGGACUCGCAUGGCUUGCAGAAUUUAAGAAUGCGUUUAUAAUUAUGCUAUGUUUUAAAAUACUUUUAAUAUUCUAAUUUUGCUCAAUAAAGAUUUUUUUUCUGGUA